AUGGCAAAACCAGGGGUGUUGGAUUCUGAUCCAGAGAUUAUGGUGAAGAAAGUUUUGGAGAUGAAGAAGGAGUUAAAGAAGCUUGUGAAGUCCAUUGUUGAGGAUGAAGAUACAAGCAUUGAAGCUAUUGAUAAAGCUAAGGAAACUCUUUGUGUUCUUAAGGAUUUGAAGCUUAGAAAGAAAUCUCAAUCUUCAAUGUCUUUUAAGAUAAACAAGAAUGUUACUUUCCCAGAUGAAUUCAAAUGUCCACUUUCUAAAGAAUUGAUGAGAGAUCCUGUCAUUGUUGCUUCUGGUCAGACAUAUGAUAGACCAUUCAUUCAAAAGUGGUUGAAUGCUGGAAAUAGGACAUGCCCUCAAACUCAUCAAGUUCUCUCACACACUCUCCUUACUCCAAAUCAUCUUGUAAGAGAAAUGAUAGAAAAAUGGUCUAAAAAUCAAGGGAUUGAAUUGUGCAAUAUUAUUAGUUAUAUCAAUGGUGAAGGUGCUAAAGAAGCUGAUCAGAAUCACUUUUUAUGUUUGCUUGAGAAAAUGUCAUCAACACUUUGUGAUCAGAAAGAAGCUGCAAAACAACUUAGAUUGUUGACAAAGAAGCAUCCUUGUUUUAGAGUACUUUUUUGUGAUUUCGAAGAUGCAAUUCCUCAAUUGCUUAAGCCUAUUUGUGAAGGAAAUAGUAUUAACCAUGAUCUUCAAGAAGACGUGAUCACGACACUUCUCAAUAUCUCGAUUCAUGACAACAAUAAGAAACAAGUAGCCGAAACUCCAAUGGUGAUUCAUCUCCUUAUGAAGUCAUUGAGAUGUGGAACAAUCGAGACACGAGCCAAUGCUGCAGCAACCCUUUUCACGUUAUCAGCACUAGACUCAAACAAAGAACUUAUAGGAAAAUCGAACGCCUUGAAACCGCUUAUCGACCUAAUGGAAGAAGGGAAUACCUUAACUAUGAAAGAUGUUGCUUCAGCAAUAUUCACUUUAUGUAUGAUGCAUGACAACAAGGCAAGAGCAGUGAAAGACGGUGCGGUUAGAGUGAUUAUGACGAAGAUGAAAAACCGACUUCAUGUUGACGAAUUACUAGCUAUUCUUGCGCUACUUUCAACUCAUCAGAAAGCUGUUCUUGAAAUGGCAGAGCUUGGAGCUGUUCCUUGUUUGCUAAGUAUCAUGCGAGAGAGCUCGUGCGAGCGCAAUAAGGAGAAUUGCGUUGCGAUUCUUCAAACUAUAUGUCUAUAUGAUAGAUCCAAGUUGAGGGAAAUAAAGGAAGAAGAGAAUAGCUAUAGAACAAUUUCUGAACUUGCAAAGAAUGGAACAUCAAGGGCUAAGAGGAAAGCUAGUGGAAUUCUUGAGAGGUUGCAUAGGGUUGUUAAUAUCACACACACUGCAUGA